CAGUCAUGGCGACCUCCUUUUCAAGAAGAGGCAACGUGAUAGUUGUGUAAAAUGGUUUGAUUUUGGUUUAUUUAAGUUAUAAAUCUAUCAUAAUAGACUUCCAACGAAGAUUAUUUAAGAAGUAAAGACACACCUCUGGGUCCCUUUGUCGAAGGCUAAUUAUUCUGUGACAAAGUUGCGCCGAUGGCUUCCUUCAAGCCCACCAAAAUCCCAGUUUACCCUAAACUGGGGGAGAAAGUCACACAGGACACACUUUACUGGAAGAACUACAAGGCUCCAGUCCAGAUUAAAGAGUACGGAGCAGUCUCGAGCAUAGACUUCUCUCCUGUCGCACCACAUAAUUUUGCCGUGACAGCGUUCACCAGAAUCCAUGUUUAUGGACCCUUCUCUAAGGAGCCAGUCAAAUCUUUUACUAAGUUUAAGGACACUGCAUACUGCGGGAGGUUUCGGUCUGAUGGACAGCUGUUGGUGGCGGGGUGUGAGGACUCAAAGGUGCGGUUGUUCGAUGUUGACGGAAAGGUGGCGCUCAGGAUGUUCAAGGGGCACACAAAGGCGGUACACGUGACGGACUUUACCUCGGACCGUUAUCACAUUAUCACAGGGUCAGAUGACUACACAUGUCGGCUCUGGGACAUCCCGAAUGCAGCAGAGCUCAGCGUGUACCAGGAACACAAAGAUUAUAUCCGCUGUGGUGUGACCAGCAAACUCAACAAAGAUCUCUUCAUCACUGGUUCAUACGACCACACAGUGAAGCUGUUUGAUGUCAGAACAGAUAAGAGUGUGAUGAUGAUGGAGCAUGGCCAGCCGGUGGAAAGUUUGCUUCUCUAUCCUUCAGAAGGACUCCUCGUGUCAGCAGGGGGUCGCUGUGUUAAAGUCUGGGAUCUCCUCAAAGGAGGUCAACCCCUGGUGUCACUGAAGAACCACCACAAAACUGUUACUAGUUUGUGUCUCAGCAGCUGCGGACAACGGCUGUUGACGGCGUCUCUGGACAGGCAUGUAAAAGUCUACAACACAACCACUUACAAAGUCGUCCACAACUUCGACUAUGCUGCCUCCAUUCUUAGUGUGGCACUGGCUCCUGAUGACGCGUCCAUCGUGGUGGGCAUGACAAACGGCAUCCUGAGCGUCAAACACAGAAAGAACCCAGAAGAUUCUAAAGUGGCCCAAAAGCGUCGACCAACAUACAAGGUUUAUGUCAAAGGAAAGAAUUACGUCCCUAAACAGGAUGACUUUCUUGUCAGUAAACCAGUCAGGCAGCACUUGGCUCAAUAUGACAAGCAGCUAAAGAAAUUCAACGUGUCACUUGCUUUGGACGCAGCACUGCAGAAAUGGACAAGACACAGAAAACCAGAAAUCCCAGUGGCUGUUGUGAAGGAGCUGGACAGGAGAGGGACGCUGAAGAACGCUCUCGCAGGGAGGGAUGAGAAGGCUGUUUCUCAGAUUCUAAACUUCUUAAUUGGGAACUUGGUGGACCCCAGGUUUACUCCCAUCCUGGUAAAAGCAGCUGAGAUCAUGCUGGACAUUUACCAGCCCAUCAUUGGCCAGUCCCCUGUUGUCGAUCGCCAGCUGUUGCGACUCCAGGAUCUUGUGGAACGUGAGCUUGACUAUCAGUUGGAGCUCAUGGAGGUGCUGGGCAUGUUGGACACUAUGUUUGCCUCUUGUUUGCCCAAAAAGGAGUUGCCCUAUGCUGGACUUAGUAGAUCUAAUGGUGUGACAGAGGGAGAGAAGGGUGUGCUCACACCACUGGUGCAGGCCACCUGAUGUGGACUGGUCGCGAGGAUCUGCUUUAUUUUUUAAAAAUUGGAAACCACCCAUGAUUCACUUCUGAAUGGAGACUUGUAUGAAUAUGUAAAGCAGUGUUUGUGAACUUCUCCCACUUCCCAUCUGUAUAUGUGUGUAUGACCCUGAGUGUUAAACAGAUUCACUGUCUUUUUCACAAUCUUCACCAAUGACUGCAGAUUUGUU